GAAGUGCACCUUUUUUCACCUAGAAAAAAAAUACAUGUUAUUUCUCUGUGGGACAGCAGGGGGCAGCAUAUUCAACUCUGUUGAACUCGAAAGAGCUUGGUAACAGAUUUGAAGUCACUUGGUGUCAAAUACGCUACUUGAGGAGUUGUUAUUUUCUUAAAUUAUUUUGGGGGAUAAAAGCACCCCUAAAAGUGUACGGCUCUGUGGAAACACAUCACACAUUGAGACACAAAGACCUUGACAUUGGCCUCCGCUGACGGGACGCUCACAGUGUGAGAAUAAGUUAGUGACCCCCGUGUUGUUCCGUGACAGCGGUGAAUUUCCUCAAAUCAACCCGACAUAAACAAACAUCAAACACCGUCCAGGAUAACUCUGAUGACGAGCGCUGGGAGAUUUUCUGGCAUCUUUUAUCGACAGAUAUUUGUUCCACCGUGUGUGUGUUUGCGUCUCUCAGGGAUUUCCCGUAUGCUGGAUGUUUAUUCUUUCGGUUCUGUCGCGUUUCUCUGAAGUCUUCAGCUCUUAAUGGUGCUGGAGAAAGACGCUUCCACGUAACGCUCCACCCAUCUCUCCACCUAACGAGCUUUGACUUAUUUAAGAAUAGAAACACCUUCCUCUGACAUGACUUGAGAAGUGUCGGCUUUCAAAGCGAAGCUGUCUGCAUUCACAAAGACAUGAACUUAGAUGGGGACAGCAGCAUGUCAGUCAGUUGUGGGAAUGGCAAACUUAGGCAGUGGCUCAUCGAUCAGAUUGACAGCGGGGACUAUCCCGGCUUGGUUUGGGAAAAUGACGAGAAAACCAUUUUCAGGAUUCCCUGGAAGCACGCGGGGAAACAGGACUACAACCGCGACGAGGACGCGGCGCUCUUCAAGGCUUGGGCCCUGUUUAAAGGCAAGUACAGAGAAGGCUUGGACAAACCAGACCCUCCAACGUGGAAGACGAGGCUCCGCUGUGCCUUGAACAAGAGCAAUGACUUUGAUGAACUGGUGGAGAGAAGCCAGCUGGACAUCUCAGAUCCUUACAAGGUCUACAGGAUAAUACCAGAAGGAGCCAAGAGAGGCUCUAAGUCCAGCAGUAUGGAUGACAGCGCAGCACACAUGACUUCUAUUAGUUAUCCAGUGCAUUCUUCUUAUCCUCCUCUACAGCCUCAGAUGACGGGAUACAUGCUGCCCCAGGAGAGACGAGACUGGAGGGAAUACAGCAGCGAUCAGCCUCAUCCUCAGGCUCCUCACGCAGAGUUACCCUACGGCCAGUGUCCGUAUCCACCCACGCGCUCCUUACCCUGGCACCCAUCGGCCUGUGACAACGGAUACCAGAUAUCUGGCUCCUUCUACACAUAUUCACCUACAGAAACCCAUACAGUGGCAAUGGACCCCAAUAUGAGAUCCGCCGAAGCCAUGGCACUUUCAGACUGCCGCCUGCACGUCUCUCUGUAUUACCGCGAGUCUCUGGUGAAGGAGGUGACCACCAGCAGCCCUGAAGGCUGUCGCAUCUCCUCCUCUUCGUCUCCAGGAUCCCCCUCGUCCCCGUCUUCCCCGGGCCCCGAGGAGCGGCUGUAUGGCGGGGCCGAGCCCGUGCUCUUGCCCUUCCCGUACCCUCAGUCUCAGCGGCGCGGGGCCGAGAAGCUGCCUAACGUGCUGGAGCGCGGCGUGCUGCUGUGGCUGGCUCCGGACGGGCUUUACGCCAAGCGCCUGUGUCAGGGCCGCGUGUACUGGGAGGGCCCGCUGGCCCCGUACGCAGACAAACCCAACAAGCUGGAGAAAGAGCAGACCUGCAAGCUGAUGGACACGCAGCAGUUCCUCUCAGAACUGCAGGGCUUCAUUCACCACGGCCGUCCCAUGCCACGCUCUCAGGUGGUGCUGUGUUUCGGAGACGAGUUUCCAGACCCUCAAAGACAGAGCAAAAUGAUCACAGCUCAGGUGGAGCCUAUGUUUGCCCGGCAGCUCCUGUAUUUUGCAGGACAGACCAACGGUCACUACUUGCGCGGAUAUGAGCUUCAGAGUCAAGGUGCUUUACCUGUAGAAGAGUAUCAGAGAAGCAUCCAGCACUUGCAGGAGUAACCAGCUUCACAUACAAGCAGCUGAGACGCUGCAAAGCCCAGCCGCUCGUACUGUAUCUGCUCCACAGCCAGCGGAGACUAGUGAAAGCCAAUGGAGCAUCAUAAUGAAGACUUGAAAUCGCAUUGCGAUUGCCUGACCAAGUGCCCACUUUCACAUCCCAAAAACCACAGACAAGACAAUCCAGCUCUUCGGACACCAUACAGUAUCGGAUGCAGUCAUUUUGUAUGAAAAAGUUUCAUGAAUUAUGUCUCAAUGAGUCCAAACGUCUGAGAACACACUGAAAAAUGCUGGUUUGUUUUAUGUCACAAACCACAUGCUAAAACAUUGUCAAGUUCUUUUCACUCAUACGUGACCCUGGACCACAUAAGUGUCAAUUUUUCAAAAUUGAGAUGUAUACAUCACCUGAAAACUGAAUAAAUAAUCUCUCCAUUGAUGUAUGGUUUGUUAGGAGGACAAUAUUUGUCUGAGA